AUGACUACCAACCAAAUGAACAAUUUCACGACGCUCAUCAAGCGGCUCGAGGCUGCCACCUCUCGUCUCGAGGAUAUGGCAACCUCUCUCGAAGGUUCAGGUCCAGGCAGCCCUGCCGCUGAUGGGAUUGCAACAAGUACCGCUUCAGUGUCUUCAAAAACCGCAUCGAGUCCUCUGCCUCCGCCGCCACCCGUCGUGGAACCGCCGCCUCGCCAGAUCGAGGACUUCGAUGCCCUCAUCAAUAAAGAGGUGAAGAACUUUGUCGAGCUUAGUGAAAAGCUUGGGGAACCAGCCGGGGAACAGUCCAAAGCAAUCCUUCGGGCUUUCCAAGCGGAAAGGACAUACCUCUAUAUCGCACUGAAAGCCAAGAAACCAGACCAGCAAUCGCCAGACCUUUUAAGCGACCUACGCAAAGCUUCGGAUGAAAUCAAUAACAUCCGGGAAGCGAACAGGCCAUCUCCUCUUUUCAACCAUUUGAGCGCCGUGGCGGAAGGAGUGGUUUCUUUGGGUUGGUUCUUUGAGCCCAGACCCGCGGAAUUUGUUCGGGAAUCUGUAGCUGGUGCCCAGUUCUACGGGGACAGAGUGCUGAGGGAAUACAAGGGAAAAGCAUUAUCCGAAUGGCCUGACAUGGAACAACCGGGAUGGAGUCGACGUAACGGUGGCCCUGAAACAGCUCCAAUCCGGUUCACCGACGCAUCUGCGUUCCCACCACCACCACCUCCUCCCGCCGCUGGUGCAGGUGGUCCUCCACCCCCUCCUCCACCCCCCGCUAGUGUAGCCGCUCCGCCGAAGGCAGCACCGACUGGUGACAUGUCAUCUGUUUUCGAGCAAUUGAACCAAGGGUCCGCAGUCACCUCUGGUCUUCGAAAAGUCGACAAGUCUGAAAUGACGCACAAGAAUCCUGGCCUUCGGGCUGGUUCGCUUGUCCCUGAACGCGCCGAUUCAAGGACCGGUGUAACAUCCCCUACUUCCCGUGGCAAAUCGCCGGUACCAAGCAAAAAGCCAAAGCCCGAAAGCAUGCGUGCUAAGAAACCUUCGCGCAAGCAGCUCGAUGGUAAUAAAUGGUACAUUGAACAUUACGACAGCCCCAGCGACAUCAUCGAGAUACCCGCUCAACUCUCACACUCGAUCUUAAUAUCACACUGCAAUAAGGCGAUUGUCAAGAUCAAUGGCAAAGCGAACGCAAUAUCAAUCGACAACUGUACCGGCCUUUCCGUCAUCGUUGACUCUCUUGUCAGCAGCGUUGAUGUCAUCAAGUCUCCUAAAUUUGCGCUGCAGAUUGAUGGCGUAGUUCCAACUAUUCUGCUGGAUCAGGUCGAUGGGGCAAGCCUCUACUUGAGCCAGGAGAGCUUGAACACUGAAGUUUUCAGCAGCAAAUCCUCCAACGUAAAUAUCGUCGUGCCUCCCAAGGAAGGAACAGAUGACGACUCCAAGGAGCUGCCCGUUCCUGAGCAGAUCCGAACCGUUAUCAAAAAUGGAGCUGCCGUUAGUGAAAUUGUCGAACAUGCUGGAUGA